AGCCAUUUUGGCUCAAGAUCGGGGCGAGCAGGAGACCCUGAUCGUGCUACCCUGCGCUACACUUCGUACGGCCUCGCUUGGCGCCAUGGAUCUAAAUGAUAUGUUCAAUAGACUUGAGCAGCUCGACGACAACACCAAGGCUGCCAUGGCUGCGGGGGUUGCCGUCGUCGUUAUCGUUGUGCUGGUCAUUCUCGCCAACAAGGUCCUGAAUUGGAUUGUAGCGGACGACAAAAAGGACGGAGGAGCGUGGGUGGCCAGCAGCGAGAGGUUCCUGGUGGAGAACGAGGGGGUCGUAGCGGUUGACGACGGCGAGGCGAAGGACCAGCUGGUCGGCAAGUCGGCGCCGAGGCAUCCGCUGAAGAGGCUGGCGAUUUUCUUGGUGGUGGCCCUGCUGGUGGUGCUGCCGCCGGUGGCCGUCGGCGUGGCCGUGGUGGUCAGGCGCGGCCAGGAGCUCCACAUGAAGGGCUACGGCCCGUGGAUCGAGCGCCUCUACCAGGGAGCCUUCUACACGGUCAGGCCCCUCACCGGCACGCGUCUCUCCCAGGGCAGCGGCCUGGACAUCCCGCCCAGCUUGAGCCGCAAGACCGUGGUGAUCACUGGGGGCACGAAGGGCUGCGGCUUCCACGCCGCGACCAGGUUCCACGGCCUGGACGCCGACGUGCUGAUCACGGGGCGCUCGAACUCCAGCGCCGCGGAGGCCGCGGAGAAGGUGAGAAGGAAGACGAGGGGCAGGGGGCUUGCUUCUGGGCUGGGCCUGGACCUGACGGAUUUCGACAGCGUCACCGCCUUUGCCAGGCAAGCGGCGAGCACGUUCCCUCGAAUAGACUACCUCGUCCUCAAUGCCGGGUACAGCCAGGACGGCCAGUCCUUCUCCGACAAGCGCCUGAAAAAAAUGGGGUUAGCCGCCAUCGACAAGAACGAGGUCUUUUCGAAAUAUGGGCACAGCAAGGUGUACACUGCCAAUCAUCUGGGACAUUUUCUUCUCACCAUGCUGUUGGCUCCGUACCUGGCGCCCAGCUCAACGGUCGUGGUGGUCUCGAGCGUCACCGUGUGGUGGUCGAACCCGAACUUCCUGAUGCUCUGGUGGGGGAAAGACCCGAAGCCUGAGAACCCGCCCAGGAAAGACGUCCCCAUCAAGGAGGGCUUCGGGAAGGAGAUGUACUCCGCGAGCAAGCUCGCCAACUACCUCAUGGCGCGGUCCCUCCGCACGCGCCUGGCCAGGCUGAACGUCAGCGUGGCGUGCCUCACGCCCGGGGAGGUGGCCACGGACAUCCACCGGAGGCAGAACGUGCCCGGCGUGCCCGCGGUGCGGGGCGGGGAGAAGGUCUUCGAGGCGGCGUUCGUGACGCGCCGGCCCAUGCCCGACUUCCUCUACCCCUACUGGUUCCCGUGGCCCGUGGCCCACGACUUCAAGUUCAAGACGGACAGGUACUGGACGGACAGGGAGAGGCUGUACAUGUACAUCCCCGAAAAGCACCAGACAUUGGACUACACCCUCCACGCGGGGAAUGCGCCCAGGGUGGGCGCGGAGCUGGAGCGCGAGCUCUGGGUCUGGUCCCGCAAGGCCGUCGGCCUCCCCGAGCGGCUCGACGACGGCAGCAUCGUCGUCGACUCGCUGCUGGAGUCCGGCUGGGCCCCGCCGCGCCCGAACCCGGCGGCGCUCGCUGCGGCGAAGCCGCCAGCGAAGGAGGCGGCGGCGACUCCGAAGGGUGGAGGGAAGACGCCGGCCAAGCCGGACGCCCAGCCGAAGUCCAAGCCGGAGGCCAAGACGCAGGCCAAGCCGCAGGCCAAGCCGCAGGCCAAGCCGCAGGCCAAGGCCAAGCCGAAGCCGCUGACGCGCGAGCUGCAGGAGAUACCCGGCGGCGUCAAGGGCGGCGUCGUGUUCCCCUUGUUCGUGCUCGAGGACGACUCCAGGAAUCAGGUCUCAAUGGACAGCUUCCCAGGCAAGAAGAAGCUCAUUUAUUGGUACCCCAAGGCCGACACUCCGGGCUGCACUGCAGAGGGCAACGGCUUCACCAAGCUGGACAAGGAGUACCAGAAGCUCGGGGUGCAGAUCCUGGGCGCCUCGGCGGACACGCCAGAGGAGAACCGGGCGUUCUCGAAGAAGUUCGGCUUCACGUUUCCGCUGCUCUCGGAUCCCACCCGCGCCAUCCCGAGGGCCAUGGGCAAGACCGGGCGCUGGGCGGUCUUGGUCGGAGAGAAGGGCAAGGUCAUCAGGUUCUGGCCUGCCGUAGACGCCGCGGCGUUCCCCGGCACGGCGCUGGCGUGGAUGCGGGAGAACCCGGAGAAGGCCUUCAUCAAGAGGGAGCUGCUGCAAAAGUAGGGGGGGCGCGCGGCGCGCGCCGCCCCCGGGGGCGGGGCGCGGCCCGGACGCGCGGGGGCGGAGAGUCCCCCGAGGGCCGCCCGCCUCUCCGAGAGGCCGCCGCCCGGCCGCCCCGCCCGUCAUUUUCCCCACCAGCCACGCGGCGGGGCUCGGUGGUUUAUACCGUCGCCGAGCGCGCUCCACUUCUCGCGAGGUGCCUACCUCAGAGCGUGAGUGACCUGCCCCGCUUUCGCUUCCAGGCAACACCGAGUCAUGCCACGCGCCUCCCCGCCAGUGCGGCCUGACCGGUGCGGCCGUAGUUUGGCGUCGCUUGGUAGCUCUUGGAAGCGAG